AUGGCGUCACGGGUCAGUUCGAACCAAUCGGCUGACUCACAGUGGCCUCCGCGAGAUAGCCCUGAUGAGAAGAAAGAACCGAAAUCAACCCCUGGGGCGAAAAUUAAGAAAGCCUGGGCCAAGUUGGAAUUGGAUAUACCUACAGGGCUAUUGAUGAUGAAGGGUGCCAUCCCACCAACCAUCGCCAUAGCUGCCUCCCAAGCGGAUUCGUUUGCAUCUCACUUCAACACUGUGGCAUACCUAGUGGCCAUUAUUUCCGUCCUGGGGUUUUCCAUCAUGCCGCGUGCCAAAUUUGUCCAGAUGAUGAUCCUUGACGUGGUGGCAGUUUGUAUUGCGUCUGCUGUUGCUCUCCUAAUGAUGUAUUCCUGCGUAAAAGCACGGCGUAAUACGGAGACUUCUUCGUCUUCUAAUUCAAACAAAGCGUCCAGUGCAAUGGGAACCAUAAUAGACACACCGUACAACUCCUCCGCAUCCGCUGUCAGUGGGGUCUGGCUGUUUUUCCAGAUCUACUUGGUUCAUUCAUUUCGUGCAAGGUAUCAGCAGUUCCAAUUCCCCGUGAUAAUCUAUUCGAUGGUGGCCAACAUAACGUUUGUGUAUGCCCCGCGACUCCCUACCAUGACUGCUGCCAUCAGCAUGGUCAGGAAGUUACUCGAAGCUAGCCUGACCGGGUUGGCGCUGUCCACGGGCACCUGUCUUUUCAUUUACCCUGUUACAACGAGGACAGUAGUUUUCAAAGAAAUGGCAGGCUAUGUUGGUGGCUUGCGUGCAACCCUCAAUGCGCACGGGGAAUAUUUCGGCACUUUGGAGCGGGAUGAUAUGUUUGGGCGCGCAGAGACUUAUGAUUCACAUGUCGAAAAGGUCACCAAGAAGGGUAAAGUCUAUAGCCCGGAAGCUGCAGCCAUUCGAGCAGCAGUUCAGAAACUCACCGAUCUCCAUGGUAAGCUCCAUGGCGAUUUGACAUUCGCGAAGCGUGAGAUAGCAAUUGGAAAUCUGGGACCCGACGAUCUGCAGGCCAUAUUUAGGCAUCUACGACAAAUCAUGAUCCCUAUCGUAGGGCUCAGUUUCGUCGUGGAUAUCUUCCAGCGCCUGUCAGACUACAACAAGUGGAAUCAGCCGAUAGAUCCCACUGCAGCAGACAUCAAUGAUCUGAUGCGCCACCGAAUUGUGCAGGAGUGGAAUGACAUCAUGAGAGCCGUGCACGAUCCAUUCAACUCAAUGAUCCAGGCAAUUGAUGAGGGCCUUCAACACGCCUCAUUUGUGCUCAAAAUGUCCAAGCCGCCAAAGAAGACCGCCACAACUACAGCCGAGACAGCCCAGGAUGUGGAGGCCUCCGCUGUGGAUACCGGUCCUGGAGAAAAAGGUUUUGCAGCCCACUUGGAACAGAAGUUGCGCGAAUUCAAAGUGGCGAAAAGGAUCGCUCUAAGGACCUGGAGCGAAGAAAAAGGGAUUAAAUUGCCUCCCGACUUUUUCGAACGCCCUUCGGCGAAUCUGAAUGUUGACGAUGUCCCUACAGACAGAUUUGGGAUUGGUCGCGACAGAAGCCAUGUUGUCCUUGAAUUUGUUCGCUUUGCGGACGAGAGACUUGAAAGUGGGAAACUGUCCAGAAAACAUCUUAUCAUACCGGGUUGGAAACGCUGGCGAAAGUGGGCGACCAGCGUAUUCAAAGAUGACUCUCACGAGGACGACAACAUAGGUGACAUGCAUACCCAGAACAACUUCCUUCAACUUGGAGAGGCAUACAAGUACCGAAAGGAUCCAGAGCAUCUUCCACCGGAUACAGCUUUUCAAAAGUUUGGGGAUAAAAUCAGAGUCAUCCCUUCGCUUUUGCGGUCGUCAGAGUCCGCGUAUGGUCUUCGAGUAGCCUGUGCCACCAUGACCAUUGCCGUCGUUGCCUUCAUUCACGAUACACAGGAGUUCUUCAUCAAGCAACGCUUCGUUUGGGCCAUGAUCAUGGUAAACCUCAGCAUGUCUCCCACAUCGGGGCAAAGUAUUUUUGGCUUCGUCCUCCGUAUUCUUGGCACUGUUCUAGCCAUGAUACUCAGUUUCCUGUGCUGGUUUAUUCCUGGGAAGAAGACACCGGGUAUUAUCGUCAUUUUUUUCAUAUUCAUAUCUAUCAUGUUCUACGUGCCGAUUAAAAUGUUUCGCUUUCGCAUAAUUGGGAUCAUCACCAUCAUCUCAACAGCCAUGAUUGUCGGAUACGAGCUUCAGGUUCGCAAGGUUGGUGAGAGAGUUGCAACGUCAAAUGGGCAGCCGUACUACCCCAUCCAUCUCCUUGCGCCAUAUCGACUGGCGACAGUAACGGGAGGUAUCGCUGUCUCCUUUUUCUGGACCUUCUUUCCGUAUCCCAUUUCGGAACACUCCGUCCUUCGUCGAAGCCUGGGGGCUUCCUUAUAUCUUCUGGCUAAUUAUUACUCAAUCAUCCAUGAGACGGUGUCUGCGCGAAUGCGUGGUGAUGAGGGUGACCUGGCCCUCAAAACUUCGAGCGGACGUCAGCUUCUAAAGGCUCGUAACAAAGUCUUUUCCAAGCAGGUGUUGAUGCUGAAUUGUCUUCGAACAUAUUCUGAGUUUUUGAAAUGGGAAGUGCCUAUCGGUGGCCGCUUUCCCAAGAAGCAGUAUGACACAAUUAUAUCAUGUAUUGAAAGCAUUGUCAACUAUCUGAGCCUUUUGGGAUAUGCUUCAGACACCCUUCUGCAACUAGGCGACGAUCCUGAUGAGAGUAACUCUGUUUGGCUUCAUGAUUUUCGAAGGCUGGUGUCUAGUGCGCGAAUCACAACCCAUGAAGUUACUUCGGUGCUGUGUCUUUUGUCCGCUAGCAUCACAAAUCAACAGCCUCUACCGCCCUAUCUGAAAACCCCGAGACCAUACAGCUUCUCGAGAAGACUAGAAGCGCUAGACAAGGAUAUUCUCAGUCUGCGUCACAUUGCGGAGCCUGGAUUUGCUACGUUUGCUGUUCUCCAGAUCUCGACGAGAUGUAUUGUGGGCGACGUAGAGAGGCUUAUGAGGGACGUGAAAGCCUUAGUCGGAGAGCUUGACUUUUCCUUCCACGCCGUGAGCACUGCUCACAGCCGCAAAUCAUCUGCAAAUGUGUCACGAUUGUCGAGAGCGACAAGUAGGGACAAGUUUGAGUAG